AUGGAAGUAAGAAGACAGAGGUCCACCUCCCGCCCACGUCCAGUGUCACGUCCUACCACCCCGCUGCGAUCGAGCUCCAGAGCCUCCAUACGCGAUGCACACGGGGCCAGCAGCGGUGGAUCAAGGCCAGGAAUAAACAGCUUAGAGCCUCAGUUUGCUGAACUUGCUGAUUCAAUGGCUGACCUGGAGGAGAAUUUUGCCCAUCUCCAGCUGAUGCAUGAGAGUCUGUCAAGGUUCAAUGAGAGCUUUGCGAGCUUUUUAUACGGACUGAAUAUGAACGCAUUCUGCGUGGAUUUUCCAGAGACCCCCAUUCCAGAGUCUUUUACCCGUUUUAAGCAGAGGGAGAAAGCAAGAGAGAAAGAAGCCGAAUUGCAAUCUGCCUCCGAACAACCAUACCAGUCUGCCGUACAUGACGCCGAAACAACUUUCAUGACUACCGAUACUUCGUUUGUUGAUAAUCCGCCAAACACUACUAAAUCUUCCGUGAGAUACACGACGCCCGCUGCAGCCUCGAAAAGGGCACCUACAACGAGCUCCACACGCGGUUUCAGUUCUAGUCGUUAUUCAACCAGAGGAGCCUCAUCAACUGGUCGGCAAAGGGGAAGCAAACUUGCACGCCCGAGGGGCAGGAGUAUACGCUGA